AUGGAAGCAUUAAAUGCAACCUUCGUACCGGCUUCUGAAGAGAACGAAGUCAUACCUGCUGUUGACAUUGUCCUCGAAAGACAUGAAUUCGUUAUUGACAAUGUUGAUUCAAAUGGACACGUACAAACAUUCUUACGCAAACUUCACGAAAUCAUCAUUAUUAAAGGGGAAAGUACUAAGAAGGUGUUGACAAUAGCUGAAUAUGUAGUAGCAAAGACAGGAGUUUCUAUGAUAAUUAUAGAGGAUAAACAUUCGAAGAACAUUAAAUCAGCUUCUUGUUUAGGGGAAGCACAAAUUCUUGCUGAAAAAUUUGCCGUGGAAGAUGAAAAUACAAGGGGAAAUAACGAUAGAAAAUUUAUUCGCCAUUCGCAUUAUUUCCACUUACGUAGAUUCGACGAUGACCAAGGAAAUGGGUUGAAUACCGGUCUCGACCUCGCAGAACCAGACGGUAGACGGGCAGUUCUUAUGUCAUUGGCAAGAAUUCAACAACUUCGUUUACAACCCACCUCUUCUUCCACCUAA